AUGGUGCUCUUCAAGUCUCUCCAUCCAGAUGUGGAAGUUCCCGAAGAUAUCACGACAUGGGAAUGGGUGUUUGAGAGUGAAAAGUACUCCCCGCUGUAUCAGAAAGACCAGAAAGAUCGAUUAUGUGCCUACGUCAAUGCCGUCACUAAAGAGAGACUCGAUUGGGCGGAGGUCAAGACUAAAGCCACGCAAUUGAGCACGGCAUUGAUCAGAGAGUAUGGGUUCCAAGUGGGUGAUACGGUGUCGUUGUUCAGCACGAAUACGAUUUGGUAUCCUGUUGCUAUGUGGGCUGUUAUCCGAGGUGGUGGUCGAGUCAACGGCGCUUCUCCGGCAUAUAAUGUCGAGGAAAUGAGUUAUGCAUUGAAGAUUGCUAAGACAAAGUUCCUCAUGACGCUGCCUGGGUCAUUAGACGUGGCGUUGGCUGCGGCGAGCAAUGUCGGGAUACCUCGCCGCCAUGUCUUUCUGCUGGAGGGCAAGGCCGAUGGAUUCAAAAGUAUACAGGACCUCAUGGAUAUUGGAGCUCGGUAUACCGCUGAUGCGCCGUAUCGGUUACCACACGGAAAGACGAAUAAGGACGUUUGUGGGUAUUUGAACUUCAGCAGCGGGACGACAGGCUUGCCUAAGGCGGUCAUGCUUUCUCAUCAGAACAUCAUUGCGCAGUGUCAUCAGCUCAGACAACUUCAGGCCCCGGGCGGGUAUAAGAUCCUUGCAGUCAUGCCGUUGUUUCAUAUUACCGGUCUCGUCCGUUUCUGCUGUUAUCCUGUCUUCAUGAACGGCGACAGUGUCAUGCUGCCUUCAUUCACGAUGGAGGGGAUGCUCCGGGCCAUAUGCGAAUUUCAAAUCAAGGAGCUCAUAUUAGUACCGCCCAUCAUUAUACGGCUUGUGCGCGACAAGAUCGUGGAUAAUUACGACCUUCGGCACGUGGAGCGGUGGUCAUCGGGGUCUGCACCAAUCUCGCCUGAGAUCAUUACCUUGCUGCAGAAGAAGUUUCCCUGGACCGGUUUUCGACAGGGGUAUGGCGCGACGGAGUCAACGGCCUGUAUAACGGCACAUCCGCCCACUCACUACGACUACAAGUAUGCGACUACGGGAGGUAUGCUUGUUGCGAAUACUGUGGCUAAAGUCCUCGAUCUUACUACGGGGAAGGAGUUGGGUCCGAAUCAGACAGGCGAGAUCUGUGCGCGAGGUCCACAGAUCGCGAUGGGAUAUCUGGACAACCCGGCUGCAACGGCGGAAACGUUUGAUGCGGAAGGGUACUUCCAUACUGGCGACGUGGGACAUUUUGAUUCCGAAGGACUGGUUCAUAUUGAGGAUCGCAUCAAGGAGAUGAUCAAGGUCAAGGGACUACAGGUGCCGCCUGCCGAAUUGGAGGAUUUGUUGUUGGGACAUGCUGAGGUGGAGGACUGUGCCGUGCUGGGUAUUGCGGAUGAGUAUGCUGGUGAGAGACCCAAGGCAUAUGUGGUGCUCAGAAAAGACAUUGAGCCGAGUCAGGACGUCGGUAGACGGCUAUUGAAGUUUGUCAAGGAGAAGAAGGUGAGGUAUAAAUGGCUUGUGGAAGUUGAGUUCACAGACCAGGUGCCGAAGAGUCCGACAGGGAAGUUACUUCGACGGAUAUUGAAGGUGAGUGACAAGGAUCCGAAGAGGACGCCUGGUGUCAGGGUCAGAGAUGAGAACGAAAGGGCGAGGUUGUAA